AUGUCUGUCUUCUUCAAAGACGUCAGCGAGAACAACCCGGUGAAGAAGGGCGAUGCCGAGAAACUGCUGGCAGACAUUGGCGCCGAGAUCCUGCCCCAGGACUCGGACGACUACCAUGUCCUCCUCGCCGCGGUGCACGACUGCGCCGAACAGCUCGAGGCCAUGCCAGACUACCAGCCCGAGCCGGAUCGCAAACAGUAUCCGCGAGAGGAUAUCCGCCGGCCGGCCGACUCGGAGCAACAGUUUGGUGCCGCGUGGGCGCACAGGUUUCUGAUCAGAGGCGCCUCGUCGUCAUCAUCAUCGGCUCAUGGCACGACGACACAGCCAGCGAAGUCUUCUCCGCUUGCAGGCAGAAAGGUCUGCCUGAAGGACUGCAUCGCCGUGGCCGACGUGCCGCAGUUCUUCGGCAGCGACGCCUUCCCCGCGUGGACGCCCAGCACGGACGCAACCGUGGUCACGCGGGUCCUCGACGCGGGCGCAGACGUCCACGGGACUUGUGUCUGCGAGGCCUUCUGCAACUCGACGUCGAGCUUCACGAGCGCGCAGGGCACGAUAGAGAACCCGCAUCGCGCCGGGUACUCUGCAGGCGGAAGCACGUCUGGCGGCGGCGCCCUUGUGGGUGGUGGUGUGAUGGACGUUGCCAUCGGGACGGACCAGGGCGGCUCGAUCCGCGUCCCCUCGAGCCUCUGCGGAUGCGUUGGUUUCAAGCCGACACAUGGCCUUGUCCCUUACACAGGCAUCACGAGCGGCGACUUCAUCGACGACCACGCCGGCCCCCUGACGUCCUCUGUUCUCGAUACAGCGGCUUGCCUAGACGCCAUUGCCGGCUAUGACGGCAUCGACGAUAGAUCCCUGGGUGCCGCACCGCACGGCAGUUACAGCUUUCACCAGACCCUGCAGGACCUCGACACCACAGAGCGGCCACUGGCAGGCUACAAGAUCGGCGUUCUCAAAGAAGGCUUCGGCCUCGAUAUUUCGCAGCCCGAAGUCGAUGCCCUGGUUCGUAGUGCGGCGAGCAAGUUUACACAGCUGGGCGCCACAGUCGAGGAAGUGUCUAUCCCGGAACAUCUGCACGGCCCGCUCAUCUGGACGAUCCAGCAGCGCAUCGCCGGCGCCGCGGGCGUCCUGGGCACGGCGCACGGCCGCCGGGCCUUGUACUUGACCGAGUUUGAGCACGCGCGGCUGCCCUGGACGGCGGACAACUUCCACAAGCUCUUCCCCUCGACCAAGAACACCGUCAUCAACGGGCUGUACCUGUCCAGGAACUUCCCGGGCUUGUAUGGGAAGUCCGUCAACAUCGGCCGCAAGAUCCGCGACGCGUAUCAGGACAGGCUCAAAGGCGAUGGCAGUGGUGGUGGUAGUGGCGGCGGCAGCAGCGGUGCUGGUUUUGACCUAAUCGUCAUGCCGACGGUCCCUGUCGUCGCGCCGAGACACGGCACGAGAGACACCCCGAGGACGUGCUUCGCGCCGAGCAUCGGGCUCACCUCGAACACCGCCGUGUUCAAUGUCACGGGCAACCCGGCGCUGUCGCUGCCUGUCGGCUUCGCGCCGGCGCGGGACGAUCCGAGCGUGGCGCUGCCGGUGGGGAUGCAGAUUGUCGGCGGACUGUGGCAGGAGGAAAAGAUCCUCAAGGCCGCGCAUGCUUGGGAGUCGCGGUUUGACUGGAGAAAGAUCAGUCUGGUUUCCAACAGUUGCGAUGCGUCUUUGCAUACAAUUCAAGACGCAGAGGCGCGCAAGAGGGUUGGCAGUGAGAAAUAUGUCUCCGACGUGCGCGUUGCUCCUGUUGUUGCUACUGGAGAGGAAGUAGUUGUGGUAUGAAGUAGACGUAAAAUACAUCCAUUGGAAGCUGGCCCACAC